AUGUUUGGUGCUUUCAGAGCUUCGUUGACGAACCACGGAGGUUACUUGUGGAAGUCUGCUCCCAGAUUGUCCAGUCCGCAGAAAAGCAGAUUGAGACAGCGGAUGAAAACGGUGGACGCAAACAUCGAGGCCAUCUACCAGUCAUUACCCAAAGACCAUAAUGGGCUUACCAGCUACAGAAAAGUCGAUUACUUGAAGUUUAAAUUUCCUAAAGAGAACGAGAUGUCUGCCAAGGACAAGUAUACGACCUUUGACAAGAAGGCCAAGGACUAUAGAAAGUUGGUGUUUAAGGUCCCCAAGUGGACCAAGAAGUCUUUCAGAGAGAACCCCAUGCACCAUUAA